UGAUGUACGGUCACAUAUGACAGCUCAAGUACGGCCUGAAGAUUUAAAUGAGGUGUAUAAUAAUAUUUUCGGUUUAAAUGAGCCGAAACAACCGUUUUCCCCGGCACCAGACCGAACAGAAAUUCCACAACAAAAUUUUGGUCCCGGUCAAUUUUCUUAUGGGGUUGGUUCUAAUGACGAACUUAUUGAAAAAUUUAAGUUGCUGAUGGAUGAAAACAACCACAAGUUAAGUUUGAUGAUGGAUGAAAACAACCACAAGUUAACUGCCAUGUUAAGUUCUGCGGGUUUACAUGGUGUUCGGCCGGUUCCUGCUAGUACUCCAUUUUCCAUGCCAGAAGUUAACUUUAGUGAUAAGGGUGUAGCCGACCAGUUUGAAGUGUACGAUAAUAGUUAUCGUGUGCCGAGCUUCAACUUAAUGCAAGAAGAUAUUAAUGCUGAUCCGGAGUUGGUCAAUUUGAGGCGAUCUGAACGGCUUGUCAAGCCCUCAUCCUGUGUGCUAUCACCAUUUGUUGUUUUUAAACAUUUGAAAAAAGGGCAAACAAGGAAGCGAAAAACAGAUGAUCAAAAGAUCGCUGAAAUUAGGAGUUGGUAUCCUAGUAGUGGCGAUGUCCAGCUCCGAUUAACGACGGGUGGAUUCGUAGGUCCGUCAUUCUGGUCAGCACUGCUAGGUGACGAUAACGAGGGGUGGUUGAGCGAUGAUCAUAUCUUUGGUUGGAUGAUCCACUUGUAUGAAUCGAGAGAUCGUAAUGCCCGUUGGAGUAUUUUACCACCAUAUUUCCAAAUGUAUUUUUGUGGAACGACUCUCCCUGAACAAACAUACAAGGGUUAUUACACCGGGGUCGUGGAACCUUUUCCAGCAAUUACUACAGUUGAUGAGGUUCUUUCUAAUUUAAUUUUAAUUUUAUUUACAUAGUUCCGUAAAAGUUUAUUAAUUUUAAAAAAUAAAAUAUAGGUGUAUGUACCUUUGCUUA